UUAGUCCGAGUGCCGCUGCUAUUCUCGUUGUUCGGAUCAAUACAAUGUUAUCAACGCAGUUGUGUAGGUGUUUACAUGCGCGUAGUACACAUUGAGUGUCGCUUGAAUGAGGCUGUCCCGAGUGACAAAUACCACGUCGCAAUUAUUGUGCAGUGACGAAUUGAGGAAAUGUGAACGAUGCCGUUGCCCGAGUUGUUGAAACGAGCUUCGAGCUAUUUUCUGGGCUUGGAGUUUGACGAUGAAGACCCACCUGAUUAUGUGGACAACGAAAUAUUGUUUUGCAAGAACAAUGUAUGCGUACAUCCCCCAACUAUCGCAAGGCAUGAAUUAGAUAUAGUACAUCAUCCUGGCUAUUUGACGGUGACAACUAAAGUAUUCACAGAUCAGCACAACAACGCCAAGCGGCCUACGCUAUUUCUUAAUUGGAUACCGAACUCUACGUUGAAGAAAUGUCCGUCAGCUGUGGAGACCAGCCCGAGUGAUGAGCUAGUCUGUGUGGCUAAUAGACCUGCUGCUCCGAAGGAAAUCCCCUACACAAAAUCACGUAAUGACACAAAUAAAACGAUAAAAAAUUAUAGCAAUAACGAAAAUGCUUUUUCCGAUUCUUCUGAAACAACUAGUUUAAAUUCUAAUUCUGACAAACAAAGUAUUAAGUCUUCAGAUACGAGAUUUACACAAAAUGAUACGACACAGGAGGAACUAUCGACCAGCUCCAAACCAACAGUAAAAUCAAUUGAUUCUACAAAAGAUAAUGUCUUUGGCAGUUUUGAAAAAGAAGAAAUGAAGGAUGAAGUGUUUGUAUACGAUAAGCACGUGAGGUCACAGUCGAUGACUUCAGUAAAUAUAACAAUAGCUAAUCCUACUAUAGAAAAUUCCGAUUUGACUCCUGAUUCAGUUUCAGGGGAUAGAUUUAUCAGAUCGCUGUCAAUGAGCUCUUGCGACGAGGGUAAUCCCAAUUGGAUGAGCACGCCAGAAUUUUUAGCCCUAAAACAUAAUUUGGUGUUUCCUGAUAGCGUGCACAGUUCGCCGGUGCCGCAAAGAAGAGCUCCGAUGAAAUGUCGAAGGUUCUCAGUAGACCUUAGCCAGAUGCGUUCCCUUCGGCUAUUCUUCAACGAUGAUAAUUGCACGUGUGGGCAACUCGUAGUGGCGUCUAGAGAGUCGCAAUAUAAAAUACUUCACUUUCACCACGGUGGGUUAGACCAUCUGGCCCAAGUGUUACACAGAUGGCACUCAUUGCUGCAUAACAUUAAACUCACUCCAGGUUCUGAGGAGCCCAACUUGCCGUAUCGUCAUUUCAUGGUGUGCCGUCCUGAAGUACAGAAAUCUGAGCAACACCCCGAAGAAGGAAAACUUCCGAAAAUCACUCCAGAACUAUUUUAUGGCAAAGUCAUGAACGGAAAAGGUGUAAUAGAAGACGAUUUGUUUCUAAGGAAAUGCGUCUUCUUCGGAGGUUUAGACAAAGAGUUGAGAAGAGAAGUUUGGCCGUUCCUGUUACAUUGCUAUCCAUACAAUUCAACAUAUGAAGAAAGAGAGAUAAUACUUCAAAUUAGGACACGGGAAUACGAAGAGAUUACACGAAGGAGGCUUGAAAAGAUGACUCCAGAACAACAUGCGGCGUUUAGGAAAACAAUACAAUGCGUGAUUGAGAAAGAUGUUGUAAGAACAGAUCGUGGGAACCCAUUUUUCGCUGGAGAAAACAAUUACAAUGUAGAGAUCAUGAAGAACAUAUUGCUGAAUUAUGCUGUAUAUAAUCCUGUUUUGGGUUACACCCAAGGCAUGAGCGAUUUAUUGGCGCCGGUUUUGUGCGAGAUAAAAUGCGAAGCGGAGGCAUUCUGGUGUUUCGUCGGUCUCAUGCAGCGAGCGAUAUUCGUAUGCACACCAACAGAUAACGACAUGGAUAAUAACCUUAGUUAUUUGCGAGAGCUGAUAAGGUUAAUGCUGCCACACUUUUACAAACACUUAGAGAAACACGUGGAUGCCAUGGAACUGCUGUUCUGCCACCGUUGGAUAUUGUUGUGUUUCAAGAGGGAGUUUACCGAAGCCGUAGCGCUGCGCAUGUGGGAAGCUUGCUGGGCGAACUACCAGACGGACUACUUCCACUUGUUCCUGUGCCUGGCCAUCAUUGCUGUCUACGCGGAUGACGUCAUCGCCCAAGAUCUCAACACCGAUGAAAUGCUGUUGCACUUCAGUUCUCUUGCCAUGUACAUGGACGGUCGGUUGAUAUUGCGCAAGGCUCGCGGUUUGCUUCACCAGUUUAGGCAGUUGGUUCGCAUUCCUUGCACACUGGCGGGUAUGUGCCAGCGAUGCGGCCCGGGGAUUUGGGAUUCCACCCACCGUCCCAGCGUCGAAUGCACUGGCGCCCACGACUUCUGCGAAUACACUGUUCAGUAAAUAAUUAACGAGUCGUUUUCAAUGUAACAAAAUCAUUUAAGUUUGUAAUUUUAAUAUCGGUACCAAAUGUAUUUAUUGCCAUAUUUGCAUUUACGUGUUUAUUAUCGUUUAUGGAAUUAUGAUCUGACUUAUUGAGGCAUUUUAUAUUAUACUCGUACAUGUUGAAUAACCUAAUUACAGUGUGAUGAAAUACUAAGUCGCAUCGGACUAAAUAAUCAACUUUGUAUAAAAACGUGACCUGAUUUAUAAAUUUAACAUAGUAUACAGAAACAAUAUAAUUAUUAAUUGACGGGAUAAAUAAUCAAUUAUUGAAUGGCUGUUGGUACACAAAUCGUACGUAUUGUAUUUGAUAUGGUAUACUUAUAAAGAUUGCAAUGUAUUUAUAAACUAAUGAAAAUAAGGAAUCAUCAUAUUAUAAAUAGGAGACGUGUAUCACUACAUAAUGUCUUUCUGUAAUAAAAGUAUUAAACGAUUAAUUUCAAGGCCAAGGAAGUAAUUAUGAGUGUGUGAAUAUUGACUAUGCGUUUGAAUGUAUAAGAUUGUACAAAUGUUUAGUACAAAUGACAUAUAUAUGUACUUAUGUUUAUGUUGGUAUAGACUACAAAUGGUCCCAUUUUUAAUAUCCAAAAGCACUGCCUGAUUCAUUCAAGAUAUUUACUUAUGAAAUGAAAAAUACGCGAAAUGUAGCCAGUGUAUUAUUGGACAUAAUAAGACUUAACAUCUCAUAUCUUAGGAUGGCGAGCGCAGUGGAAUGCCAAACAAUAUUUGUAAUUCAAGGUGUUGGAUGGUGUUUCUACUGUUCAUGGGCGUCGUAUCGCUUACCAUCAGGCGGACGGCAAGCUCAUCUCGUCAUUCAAAGCAAUCAAAAAAAUUAUAUUUCUUAAUCAUAUUUCCAGUAUGGGAAUGGAAAAUUGUAAGUACCUCCACAAUUAUCUAAUUGUAGACUGUUCCUACCGACUUUGACCUUCUUGAAGAGUGAAUGAAUUUGUGUUGUAUGGGCAUUAUUGUGGGAUAGAGCAUAUCAAUGAAGAAACAAAAUAUGUUCUAAUAAUAUCAUUGUUAAUGAAUGGAUUAUUUAAUAUCCGACGUUGAAUAUUUACAAAAUGUUAACUUAACUUUUUGUACAGUACCUAAGUAUUUCAAUGUAUUAAAAUCAUCAGAUACCUAUCAUGUUAUAAGUAAUUAUGAAAGGAUAAAAACGCAUAUAGCCAUUUACUUGUAGGAAUAAGUAAUGUAAAAAAUAGAAUAUGCUAUAAGUACUAUUUAGCAUCUAGCACCUAGAAAAUGAAUAUAAAAGCCGAAACUUCGUAGCUUUUUGUGAUAGGUAUCUUACCUAUAUAUAAAACUAAAAAAUCCUCUGAAGCCUAUGUUUAUUACGAAAGUAUACCAAUUGUCAUAGACGUAGGCGAUUUUAAAGCAAUGACGUGACGCUCUGAACAGGCUUUUCUUUUGCAACAUGACAUUAAAUGCCAGACCGUUAAAUUUUACUAUCAAUUUGCAUUACGUUACAAGUAAAUGGUUUAAUGUAGAUUUACUCUAAUAAGUUUGUUGAUGUUAUAAUUUUAUUUUACCUUUAAUAGAGAAACUACAUAUAUUUAUUCUAACUUAAUUAUAGUUAGGAGAUUAUAAUGUUCCAAAUAAUUGUUUUAGACUGUUUUGAUUCAUAUACUUAAAGUAUUCAUUCUUCAUGGUGUAGACUGUAUUCUCAGACUAUAUCUAUGUGUUCUCAUAUCAUAAAAAUAUUUUACAAAAAAUAUAAACCUCGUUCAGAUGUCUGUAUGAAGUGGAAUUAGAUGAGUAUUUAAAAUUGCUAUAUCGUGUACCUAUAGGUGUCUAAUAGCGAUUGAAUGCACUUAUUAUUUGUAUUUUGUAGUUCUUUAGGUAGACGUAAAAUAGAAGUCGCUUCGUCCUUUGGAUUUGACUGUUGACGGAUAUUAGCUCCUCUUUGCUCAUCCUAUUGACGUCCUACGUAAUCGCCCUGCCUGCUCAUCUUAAUUAUAAUCUUUGUGUUAUAAAAUGUAUUUAUUUGAAAUAAUAAGCUAUAGUGAUGUUAUUUUCGCAUAUUGUGACUUGUUACGCAUAUUCUGUGAUAUAUACCGAUCGGCUUGUAAUAUAAUGUGUAAAUGUUGAUACGACGUACGAGAAAAUUAGUUAUCAUAUCUUAAUAGAAAUAAAUGUACAAGCAUCAAUG